AAAAACGUAGAGCAGUUUCGUUACGCCACGAAGACCCAUUAAAACCCCAUUCCCCAUUCUUCAUUUUCUUCUUCAAUCCAAUUCCAAAUCCAACCACAAUUCCCAAUUCCAAAACCCUAAUCAUGCCUGACCCCUUUCACCCUGUUUCCCCCUCCGAUCAAAACCCUAAUUCUACUUCUUACGCUUCCGAAUUUGACUCCCUCCCAAUUCCCCCUCUCGACUCUCUGUUUUUUUCCGAUCCCAAUCACGACGGUCCCGGCGACCCUUUUCUCUAUUCUACCGCCUUAGAUUUGGGUUUCGACGAUAAUGACGACUUCGAGCUCACCUUUGAUGAUCUCGACGAUCUUUGCCUCCCUUCCGAGGCUGAUGAUUUCCUCAUCUCUGAUAAUUUGGAUCACCCCACCAAUUCCCCGCACUUGCCUCCUGAUGUUCCACUCGAGGAUGAUUCUAGUGUUCCCGUUUGCAGUCCUGCUGGCUCUCCAGGCUCAGGGAGCUCUGCGGUCUCUUGCCAUCCAUCUCCCCAUGAUUGUAAGUUUCUGAACUAUGAAUCUUCCAAAUUGGGGACGGCGGAUAGCGAGUGUUUUUCGACUGGUUCUGGUGGAUGGGACUCUAAAGGUUCGAGGAUGGUGAAUUCUCAUUCCCCGGAGCUUGGUGAUCAUGAAUUCUCAGGCGGCCCAGCGUCGUCUCAGGGAUCGGGUUCGGGCGUAUCAGAAGGAAUGAAUUGCCCAUCUUCUAACGCGGAAUGUUAUGACGUUAUUGUCGAUCAGAAGGUUAAGUCAGAGGAAAUGGGGAAGAACUGCAUGACGAAGAGGAAGAAAGAACAGGAUGAAGGGAACGCGGAUUUUAGAUCUGCUAAGUAUCAAAGGUCAUCUGUAUCCACAGAAGCUACCAAUCCCCAAUUGGAUCCCUGUUCUAUAAAUGAGGAUGAUGAGAAGCGGAAGGCGAGGUUGAUGAGGAAUCGAGAGAGUGCGCAACUUUCAAGGCAGAGGAAAAAGCAUUAUGUAGAGGAGUUGGAGGAUAAAGUUAGGAACAUGCAUUCAACCAUUGCUGAAUUGAAUAGUAAGAUAUCGUAUAUAAUGGCUGAGAAUGCAGGUUUGAGACAGCAGCUGAGUGGUAGUGGUAUGUGUCAGCCUCCUCCUCCUGGUAUGUUUCCACAUCCUUCAAUGCCUCCAAUGCCUCCAAUGCCUUAUUCAUGGAUGCCAUGUGCUCCUUAUGUUGUUAAGCCACAAGGGUCUCAGGUCCCUCUGGUUCCAAUUCCUAGAUUAAAGCCCCAACAACCUAUUCCUGUAGCUAGGGGGAAAAAGACUGAGAGUAAGAAAACUGAGGGAAGAACUAAGAAGGCUGCCAGUGUUAGUUUUCUGGGUCUGUUGUUCUUUAUUAUGGUUUUUGGUGGUUUAGUUCCUUUAGCGAAUGACAGAUUUGGAAAUGUUGGAGUAGUUCCUGGUAAGUUGUCAUUUGUUGGUGAUAAUAGGUUAUACAAUCAGAAUCAGGGUAGGGUUUUGAGAGUCGAUGAGCAUUCCAAUUUAUCCGAUGGUGUGAAUGUUGGAACACAUUGUGGGAAAUCUGGUACUUUGAACCGUUUACAAUGUGAGAGAAUUUAUAGGAAAGGGCGAGAUUUGAACUUUGAUCAACGAGGAAAGGAGUCGCAGCGUUUAAACGAUUCAGAUGAGUCUGUUAAGCUUCGAAAUGCCAGGGAACCUCUUGUUGCUUCUUUAUACGUUCCAAGGAAUGACAAAUUAGUGAAGAUCGACGGAAACUUGAUAAUUCAUUCUUUCCUAGCUAGCGAGAAAGCUAUGGCCUCUGGCAAGGCGUCUGAUACCGACAAGGCUAGGGAGACUGGCCUUGCAAUUCCAAGAGAUCUUAGUCCAGCCCUCACUAUUCCAAACAUCAGGGCACUUCCUUCUGGUCCAGCUAACAGGGACCACAAGAAGGCAACUGCGGUUGAUGGUAAGCUCCAACAGUGGUUCCGUGAAGGUCUUGCAGGACCAAUGUUGAGUUCUGGCUUGUGCACUGAAGUGUUCCAGUUCGACGUUUCAUCAACAGCUCCAGGAGCAAUAGUUCCAGCAUCUUCCCUUGUCAAUACAUCUAAAACACAUCGUAAGAACGGUACUCAUCUUAACAAGGGAAAGAACAGGAGAAUCCUUGGUGGUCUUCCAGUUCCCCUAAGUAGAUCAAACUUCAACAUCACAGAAGAACCUGUUAGAAACCCACACAAAGACAACUUUCCAGGUAACAAUAAUAAAACAGCUUCUUCCGUGGUAGUUUCUGUGCUCAUUGAUCCAAGAGAAGCUGGGGACAGUGAAGUUGACGGUGUGAUUACGCCAAAGUCUCUUUCGAGAAUAUUUGUGGUCGUGUUGCUCGACAGUGUCAAGUACGUCACAUAUUCCUGUGUUCUCCCACGCUCAGGUCCUCAUCUCGUGUCUACUUAAUAACCUAGAAACCGUUAUGCCAAUUGAUCUUAAUAUACCACAUUUUUGUACAUAAACAGAACAAUUGGCGGCAGGGUUUAAAGAAUAACCUUCUGAUGUUUGACUUUGAAAUUUCCUUGUAAUGCUUAACUUUUAGGUUUAGUGUUAUAGACAAGUCUAUAAUGGACUUUUAUUUAGUAUAGGCUUUUGUUUUAAACCUCAGUCAUAAAUAGACAUGGGGAGCAGAGAGUACCUUUUUCAUGAUAGAAAGUACCGAGUAGAAGUGCUGGAAACUCAAAUGUUUGAAUGAGUACUAUUUAACUAUCUCCAUCAUA